AUGAUAGUAUAAGGGGUGCAGGGGGAGGUUUUCUCCGAUUGUCCGAUGUGAUAGUCACGAUAGUUUUUGUCAUGACUUUUCGUCCUCACGAAUGAUGCUUGGCGGGUUAUGUUCUCGUUAACUGUCGAGAAUCAACGCGUAGCAGUUCCGCGUGUGAUGGCAGCGUUGCGUUGCGCAGAAGUGACAGCUGACUAAUGUGAUGGUCUGAGAACUCGCGUCCUCGCGUCCUUGCCGUCCUUGGUUCCUACGUACAUCUGUACUCAUUUUGCACUUGCGAGACCUACAUAACGCACGUAGACGCGCUGGAUCGAGCAAACGUUUUCUAGAAGGCUGCACUGAAGCAGUGUGUAUCUAGCGAUCAUGGAACAAGUGAUCGCGUUGAGUACGCAAAAUCCAUUGUCAUUACUGGUUAAAUUUGGUAUGAUGGCUUGGAACAACAGCUGUGGAAACGAUAACUGUUCUGGCCACGGGGAAUGCCAUAACGGGACCUGUCUAUGCGAGAUUCAGUUUGACGGACCGGAAUGCCAUUUCCCAAAUCUAAGUUACUACAUCGCAUUUGCAUCGAUUUUUUUCUUGCUGGCUUUUGUCUGUUUGAUACAACUUGUCAUGUGCAUCGUUGCUGAGUGGCAAAAAAUGAAGGCACCGUCAUUUCUGAGAGCAUGCAGGGUCACUACUCAAAAAGUGUUAUACUUUGUAGUUUUUCUUGCAUCAAUCAUACGAGGAGCAUACUUUACCUCACCCACUUCUUUUAAGGAAGGUUGGUCCAGGAGUUUGCUGUCAGCGUAUUAUCCGUUGCUCUUGAGUGGAUCAUCAUUGAUUGUUUGUUUCUGGGCUGAAGUGUUUCAUCUAAGAGAUAUUCGUUGGGACAAACCCCAAUUUUUAUCAAAAUCUUUUCUGGCCUUUGUUGUGUUCAACAUAUUAAUAUAUUCCCUCUUAUUUGCGGAAUUCAUCACGGCUCAGACUUAUUCACAAAUAGAUCGAAGCUUUCAUACACAUGUAUUCAAUGGCUGUUAUGCAGUGCUUUUGUUCAUUGUAGUGGUCUUCUUCUUGAUAUAUGGAGUGGAAGUAUUUUUCAAAGUUCGUGGUGGAUUCUUGAAUGAAUGUCAAGUUGCUUCUAUCGCAACAAAUAAACGUGUAGCUGAUACAACAAAGGUCCAUACCGAGGAUCAAGUAACAGCAAAGUUGUUUGAUCCAGGUCCAUCUACAUCCACAACAGAGUCUGUGCAUAUGCAACAAGUGAAUACGUCUCAAUUGCAUCAGUCAAGAUUUGGAUUACUCUCUCAAGCAUUCAUGUUGUUUAUAGUAGUUGGUUUUCUGUUCAGUGAAACUCUUAGUGAAUUUUGGAAAACAAAGGUACCAUUGUACAGCAUGAAUUGGCAUGAUAUUGUAUUUCGUGUUAUUGAAGUUGGUGUAAUACUCUGGUUCCCUUGUGUUUUAUGGAAUUGUAUGAGUCCAGAGCAAUUGUGGAUUUUAAAUCCAAAGCGCAUAUUGAAGAAACUAGAUUUGGACCAAGGGAAACAUAUAAAAGAAAUCGAGUUACAAGAAAAAGGCGCGUCUCAAGAUACCGCGUUUCUUUCUGCAGAUACAGCAUCAAUUAAUAGCAAAGAUUGUUGGAUUUGUUAUGAUAAUGAGAGACAGGAUGCUGGUCCAUUGAUACAACCAUGCCAAUGUAGAGGUGAUGUAAGCGCUGUACAUCACGAUUGUUUGCGUCGUUGGCUCCUUGAGAGCUCUGUAAAUGCUGACAGUCUUGCUUGUAAAGUUUGCAAUACGAAAUAUAAUGUUGAACAUGCCAGUCGGUUGGACUGGCAAAACAGUUUGACCCCACGCCAUUGUCUGCAAACUAUUGCUAUUGUUACUACGAUGUGUGCAUCUUCUGCUGCUGCCUGGAUAGUUAUUCAACUUGUAGAAGGACCCAUCAUCAGAAUGCUUGCAGCCGGAACUGCACUUUUAAUUAUAUACGUCUGUAUAAGAUUCUUGAGCUUGAAUACCGUCGUAGCGUAUCAACGAGCCAAAAUCUCAUCGUUAAAUAUUGUUAACAGUGGUAGCGAGAGUAAUGGGACUGCGCAAGUAACUACAAUUAGUCAUACGAUUUCUGUGGACGUAACGAAAUCGGACAUGGCUAUGAUAUAAUCUAUACUUGCCAUCAAUCAUUGUAUAAUGCUGAGUUCACACUGAGCGCUAUGCUAUGUACGCUACAUACGGUAUGUAUAUUAUGUAUGCUAUGCUCGCUACACUGAAUGGCCAUACCGAAAAUUAUGUUUUGGAUGAACAUUUUUAUUAAUGAUAAAUGUUUAGUCAGAAAAAUUGAAAUUCAAUGAACAAAGACCAAAAU